GCAUCAAACUGCCCUUCCUCGUCAUGAUCAUCAAGAACCUCAAGAAGUAUUUCACGUUCGAAGUUCAGGUACUGGACGAUAAGAACGUGCGGCGGAGGUUCAGGGCGAGUAACUAUCAGAGCACGACCCGCGUGAAGCCCUUCAUCUGCACGAUGCCCAUGCGGCUGGACGACGGCUGGAAUCAGAUCCAGUUCAACCUGUCAGAUUUCACACGCCGAGCGUACGGCACCAACUACAUCGAGACGCUGAGAGUGCAGAUUCACGCAAACUGUCGCAUUAGGAGGGUGUAUUUCUCUGACCGGCUGUACUCUGAGGACGAGCUCCCCGCUGAAUUUAAACUCUAUUUACCAGUACAAAACAAAGCAAAGCAGUGACACAGCAGAUGGGAUUCCGUCAUUUCCUCUCUUUGUUUUAUCUGCACACGUUCAUAUUGGAUGGAUUUCUAGUGGCACUGUCUUUUUGUUGUUUUUCGGAUCUAUGUGAUUGGUUUCCAUCUGCUGAAUAAAUAUUUUAUAUGC